AUGCACCAAGCCUCUGCAUCAUCCAAACACAAAGCUGUCUAUGAGCAUCACCCACGUCCAAAGCAACUGAUUGGGGAGAAUGAUCUACCACAGAAGCUUCAAAAUUUCAUUGAGGACAGCAGAGAUGGGCAGAGGGCAGAGUUCUGGUGGCCAAGUUUUGGUGAAGCAGAUGGCCACUUCUUUGAUUAUAUCAAUUCUGUUCUGUGA